AUGCCCAUCUCACCGAAAUUUCGGCGAACUAGGCCGAGGACUCAGGUCCUACCUGAAAUCCCCAUUGUCGAGGAGAUGAAAAUGUGGGAUAGGCAAACGGUGCUUCAGUGGAUCCAGCAAAGAAAUUCCCUCAUCUUCCAAGGUGACGACCUGAAUAGCUUCGACGGCGCGGGGAUCUGCGGUGAAGUCUUUUUGGACACCAGUUACGAUUUCUUCCGUAAAGAGUGUGGCAUCCUCCCCGGACCCAGUCUAACGCUUACGCGUUAUCGGGACGAAGUCCUGAGGACGGCCACUCUAUCUCCAAAGGACAAGAGGAAGAGGGAUGAUGAAUCUGUCGCACCGGAAUCACCCACUAGCAAGCCGUCGAAAAGAAGAUAUCAGGCACAAAAACAAAAAGACCGCGCUGAUGACGACGAUAAAGAAGAGAACGAUUACGACCACGACUAUGACACCGACAGCGCUGCUAGCUACAACGAUCCAUCCUUUGUUCCGCCAGCAAAAAGACCAGAGCAUACCCCCGGUAUUCUGGGAAACGAUUAUCAACAACGUGGACGGCCUGCACACAAAGAGUGUGUUGUCAAUUUUGGUGAUCUCAACAGGGAACUCUGGGCCAAGUACCAGGAAGCCCAAGAGAAGGCAGAGAAGGAGAAAGCAGACAAGAACGCGCAAAGGGGAAUUACAGAAGAGAGCGCAACAGAAUACAGAACAGGAAGCAACCGAGGCGGGAAAGACAGGAUAGGGGCAGAAACGACGGGGAUACGCACAAAGGGCCACUGA